UUUUCUUCUUCUUCUCAAUUUCUUUCUUUCUUCUCAUUCAGUAACAACAAUUACAAAAAAAAAAAUGUCGACAAUUCCUCAAAAAUGGAACUUUGGUGCAGGGCCCGCCAUGAUCCCACGCCCAGUUCUUGAACGCGCUCAAGCCGAGUUCCUCAACUAUGAGGACACCGGUGUUUCCUUGAUGGAGCUCUCACAUCGUUCAGAGACCUAUGAAAACCUCAAUAACCGAGCUCAACAACAACUUCGUCAGUUAUUAUCGAUUCCAGAGAAUUACAAGAUUCUGUUUAUGCAAGGAGGUGGACAUACUCAAUUUGCGGCCGUGGUCUAUAAUCUGAUCGCAUGGAGACAUCAUCAAAACAAAGCAAAAACAAACAAUAAACCCACUAGUGAUCAUUGGAAGGAUAUUCCAGUGGACUAUAUCGUCACCGGUGCUUGGUCAGCCAAGGCUGUAGAGGAGGCCAAACGAUUGGGAGCGAACGCUCGAGUGAUCUGCGAUGCCAAAAAGAGUCUGGGUGCCUUCACUGGGAUCCCAGCAGAAGAGACCUGGUUGACCUCUGAUCCCGAGGGCCCUACCCGCAAGGCCGACAAGGAAGCAGGCCAGACUCCAGCCUAUCUUUACUAUUGUGAUAACGAGACCGUCAAUGGAGUCGAAUUUUCAUUUGUUCCAUCGAUGCAUGAUCCGGAAGUGCCCCUUGUCUGUGACAUGUCCUCCAACAUUCUAUCACGACCUGUCGAUGUGUCCAAGUUCGGAGUGAUUUAUGCAGGCGCUCAAAAGAACAUUGGGCCCGCUGGUGUUUCUGUAGUUAUCAUUCGGGACGAUCUGUUGCAGACCAGUGAAGAGAAGGAUGGUCUUUCGCCUGUACCCCUGAUGUUGGAUUACAAGACCAUGGUCAAAAAUAAUUCGUUGUACAAUACCCCUCCCAUGUUUGCAAUCUAUAUGUCAAGCUUGGUCUUUGAAUGGUUAUUAGAUCCUAAAGCCCAAAGGAUUCAGGACGGAGAAAAAGAAGCCGACAAGUCGAUCCAACAGGAUUUGGUGGGCGUGCAAGCAGCCGCUGCCAGGAAUGCUCGCAAGGCUGGAAAGUUGUAUAAGGCUUUACAAGAGUCCAAGUUGUAUCGGAUCGUGGUCACGGAUGAGAAGAGUCGUUCAAAGAUGAAUGUACCUUUUAGGAUAUCGACUGCAGACAAGCUGGAUCCUCAUGCAGUUUCGGAUAAGAAAAAGGAUGAGGCUUUGGAGGCUGCUUUUGUUGCUCAAGCUGAAGCCAAGGGUUUAUUGCAAUUGGCAGGACAUCGUUCUGUUGGAGGCAUCCGUGCUUCGAUCUAUAAUGCCAUGCCAGAGGAAGGAGUGGAUGUCUUGAUUGACUUUUUGAAAGAGUUUGAGAAGCAGAAUGCGUAAAAAAAAA